UGAACGUUGUGUAGUAGUGCUUGACAUCGUAAGUAGUCAAAAGUUCACCAGAUACGUUUUGGAAAAUGGUGUUCAAUAUACAAGGAAAGGUGGCCUUGGUUACUGGAGGUGGUUCGGGUUUAGGAUUGGAAUAUGCGAAAAUACUUUUGCGCAAUGGUGCUAAGGGUGUAACUCUAGCUGAUAUCGAUUCAGGAUUGGGAAACGUGGCUUUAUCACAAAUGAACAAAGAAUUUGGACCCGAUAAGACGAUAUUUGUGACAACGGACGUGAGCAAUAUUAAACAGUUUGAAGAUGCAUUUAGAAAAACUAUUGAAACGUUUGGUUAUGUCGAUAUUCUUAUUAAUAACGCUGGUAUCUUAAACGAUGGAAUAUGGGAAAAGGAAAUAUCUAUAAAUGUGGUAAGAAUCCAUAGUAAAUGUAAAUAAACUUAAAUUUGAAACAAAUAGAAUAAUUUAAGAAAUAAAUA